CUUCAACGAUAACCUUUCACAGCCACACUCCAUUUUUGCAUAUUCUUUCGUAUCUAUUUGUUGACUAAGAUAUUUGCCCGUCUAUUACUGACAGCUCCUCUUUCCCCCCAAAAAAUAAGUCCACAUUUAUUUAGCAACAUUUGUCAAAGCUGCCACAAACAGCCCAAAACGAAGCCAACGAGAUCUCAUAACUACACAUAAAAGAUAAAAUGGGCGGCGAAAACCUACACCACAUCAACUCUCUCGCCGAGCUGCAGUCGCUAUUCGCGUCAACCACAUACGUAGCCGUCGACUUCUACGCGGACUGGUGCGGGCCGUGCAAGGUCAUCGCGCCGCACUACGAAUCGCUUGCCAAGCAGCACGGCGUCCCGGGCUUCCUUGCUUUCGCCAAGGUGAACGUGGACACCGCGCAGGAUGCCGCGCGCGCGUUCGGUGUUACCGCCAUGCCCACCUUCCUCUUCUUCAAGGAGGGCCGCCAAGUCGCUGUAAACGGACAGGCUGCGAUUCGUGGCGCCGACGCCCGCUCUCUCGCUGCGGCUGCCGAGAAGCUGGGCGGCUUAGCGAAGAAGCGCAUGGCGGAGUCUUGAAGACUGGAGUGGAUUCGGGAUGAGACGGCAUCGUAGGAAGGAUAGGAUUGGGUGGUGAUAAGAUACGGGCGUUACAGGGUUAUAAUUCAAUAAAGAGCGCAUCGCGUUGAUCAUAAGUAUUUUGCCUAUUGUGUAAUGUGAUGGUAGACCUGCCCUGAUUAAGAAUGUGACUAUCCCCUUAAAUAUCA